AUGGAAGACGAAAGUAAAGUGAUAGUGUACAACUCUGACAAACCGACGGAUCAAUCACCUGUGUCGGCUGUUGAUUUGUCCAAAACACUACAGAAACUUAUGCUUAGAUUGAAAGGAGAAUUUAUGGCAGAUGAUGGCAAAGGUGUAGAUUAUUCUAAGUUUAAAACCAGCCAGCUAUUCCCAGAAUAUAAAAAACAAGCCUGUCAACUACAGAAUAUAGAUCUUAAUACUUUAUCAGAAGUGGAGAAGAAAGUGUUUUUUAUCAGUAUCCUUUUACUUACACUUUUAAAGUGGGGUUGUCCCAAAUGA